AUGGCAUCCGUGUGGCUCACCCUGUGCCUGGUGCUGGGAACUGCCCGGCGCCCUGCCGAGGACCUCUAUGAUGGGAGGUUGCUGCACAGUUCUCAGGAUCAGGUAGCGUCCAGCAUGCUCGCGAGCGUCAACGACUGUGAAGAAGAAGGCGACAAUCUGAAAGUGGCGCUGCAGAAGCUGGGUGUUGCCGACGAUAGUUUGCGUGGAGACGAUCAUUGCACAUGGAACGGAGUCAAAUGCGAAAAAAAUGCACGGUGCGUGAAACAAAUCCAGCUUGUGGAUAAUAACUUGACUGGCGAGCUCUCUGCGGAGCUUGGCAAGUUGACCAGACUCAAACGUCUUUGGCUCGGUGAGAACCGGCAACUGUCGGGCAGUAUCGGGAACUUGAGCUCCCUCACGCAGCUCAUUCAGCUGGAUCUGCCGAACACUCUGGUCACAGGAGAUCUAGAUGCUUUGAAGAACCUGACGCAACUGAAGUUUCUGAAGCUAUUCCAGACGCAGGUUCAUGGGAAACUGGAGGCCCUGACAGAUCUGAGGGAACUGAAAGAGCUGGACAUGUCCAGGACAGCAGUUAGCGGCGGCCUGGAAGCUCUGAAGAACUUUGAAGAUAUGACUGAAGUCAUGCUCGCAGAGACACAGAUUAGCGGGGAGCUGAACGCCCUGGCUAAUCUUCACGGAUUGCUGUUCUUGGAUCUCUCCAAAACGAAGACCACGGGAGCCAUCGAGGAUCUUUUGCAGUGGAAAGAUCUAGAAGCCGCCUUGCUGAGACGAACAAUGGUGAGCGGCCGUCUGACUUCCAAAUGGGUGGGAGAGCUCAGACAGCUCAGCGUCCUGGACUUGGCAGACACACCUGUCCGUUUCCUGCCGACAGCAGAGGAUGAACAGACCAUUCUAUCAUCCGAAGGCAUCCUUCUGGCCCUGACUGUACUAGAUGUCUCUGGAUGCCCGCUGAGCUGUCCCGUGGAGGAUCUGCUCUGGCCUCUUGCUCAUUCACAACACCUUGUGAAGCUGACAGCCGCUCGGUCAAACCUGACAGGCACAAUACCUUCCCUUGCUGAUUAUGACUUGACCGUGUCUCUCCAGACACUGGACCUGUCCGAGAAUCGGAUCAACUCUGUGGAAGGACUAGUUGCCGGGGGGCUGCUCUCCCUUGCGGAGAAUCCCAAUGUAUCCUUCGAACCUCGUGUCCUCGAAAAAGCCCUUCACCGGAAGGUCAGGAUUGACCUGAGAGGAGCUCUUGUUACGGAGUCGCAGGUGGACAACCAAACCUUGCAGCUGUUGACACAGAUUCGCGGGGACACGCCGACCAAGAUCAACAGAGAGCGGAUUCAGUGCUACAAUUUGAAGGACACGAUGUUCCAAGUUACUCCAGAUCUCUUCUUGACCGACCAAUUUUGCAGUCCUUCCCCAGGGUAUGCACGCCUAAAGAGCACGGACCUGAAGGGUCACAAGUGCUUCUUUCCGGCGAAAAAGCGUUGCAACACGGCGAACAGCACGAGCAAAUCGAAAGAGAUCGGAUGCGCCGAAGGCUACGAAGGUGUUCUUUGCAGUAUGUGCGCGGAUGGUUUCCGAAGCAGUGCUGGCCGCUGCAAGAGGUGCAAGGAAAACGCUGAGCAUGUCCGUCGGUGGCUUGCUGGAGCUGCGCUGCUGGUUGCGUUGGUUGCAGCAGGUCUCUAUGCUGCAUGGAGGAACCGCUCCAAGCUGCUACUGGACGCACGGGACCCCAAACCGAUGGAUGCCUUGAUUCCGUUGCUGCUUGGGCAGGGCCCCGUCCUGUUGCAGUUCGUGCAGCUCUGGGCAGUCCUUGCUGCCCUUACCAAGCAUGAGGCGGAUGAGCAGCUCGAGCAGCAGGAGGACCUGGCCAAUUUGUUCGAGCUGACAGCAGCUAGCAUCGCUGACGCGAUGAGCAUUCAGUGUAUGCUCGGCAGGCUGACAGUCAGCUUCGGCGCCUUUGCAUCUCCGAGCCUGCCAUUGCUGUUGCUGAUGCUUUGCCUUCUCGUGGAAGUCUUGGAUUGGAGUGGAGGAGCUUGCUGGAGUGGCCGAGGGCUCGGCGUCGAUUUGGCAUUGAAGGUGCUGUUGUUUUUAUUCAUUGGUGGCGCGUCGAGCUGUGAGAAGCUCCUGCGCUGUCAGGAAAUUGAUGCAGGUGGAGAAGAACUGCGCGAAUAUGCAUACCGCUUUGCUUUACCCGAUCUGAGGUGCUCGGAUUCUACGAGUGACCAAGCCCGGUGGGCGAUUAGUUUGGGCUAUGGCUCUGCCGUCGCUUACGGCCUUCUGAUCCCUAGCUUCCUGAUCUACCUCAUCGUGAAGCAGAACAUAGUCUUGGCUCCGAAUCGGCGCUGUGUGUCCUGGGCCAAAGUAGAUGGGCACAAGAAGGUGACCGUGCGGGCCAGCCUCCUCGAGCCCCUAAUGGAGGAUGGCGAGACAGACGAGGAUGCGGACCUGAAGGUACGGCUCAACAAGGAAAGCCAGCAGCAGAAGAAGAUAGUUUCCGACAACCUGUUGGCAGCGGCCAUUGCCUACAGUGCCGUCUUCUUUCACGGGCACAAGGUGCACAUAGUGCAGGAUGAAAAAGCCGAAUAUCUGAUGUUGGAAGGCACAAGCAUCGACGACGGAGGCGGUGAUGGUUUGGAAUUCGAUGCGACGACGGCCUUGACGACCGUUUUGUCGACCAUCUCCACAAAAGAGCACAAGAUUGACAUUGCAAUGCGUCGGUGCCAAAGUAUUACCAGGAUGCUUGCGGAGCGCGAGAUGCUCGAAGCACAAGCUGACUCGGACAGGAUUUUGGCUGGUGCCAAAACAAUCUUCUUCAAGUACGCUGCGUGUGAGGAUGUCUGGGUGGAAGCUUCACUCAAAGUGGUUGCUGUUGCUCUGGUCACUACCGUUUCCGUGAAAUCCUUGCUGGUGACACUUUUCAUCACCAUUGGCAUGGCAAUCCUCCUUGGUGCCCAGAAACCGUAUCGGCAACGUCAGGUGAAUGAUCUACAAAGCGGCUGCUUUAAUUGCUUGUCCGUGGCAGCGGUGGGCUUCCACUUGGGCAGCCUGCUGAUCGCUCGAUGUGCCCUUGUCCUGCCAUUUCUCGCGGCUUGCGUGCAGAUGCUGCGCCCAGGCCACAGCAGCAAACAAAUCCCGCCAUCAACUCCGCUACAGAUCUUCUCGGUCGUGUAG